UGUGUGUGUGUGUGUGUGUGUGUGUGUGUGAGUGAGUGAGAGAGAGAGAGAGUGAGUGUGUGUGUGUGUGUGUGUGAGAGUGUGUGUACGAGAGUGUGUGUACACUUAACUGUUCACUUUCAGUAACUUUGCAGGUUUAACUCUGACGGAGAGCAGCACUUCUCUCGCGCGCCCGUCUCGCGGUGUCUGUAACCCGGAUGUUAAUCGUCACUGCAUUUAAAAUCUUUCAGCAUAAAGACGAGUUUAAUGUUUAAAGGAAGCAGCGCGUCACACUGAAUAAACCGGAAGUGGAUUAAAAAAAGAAAAGGUAAAGUUUAAUAAUAUUCGGUUUAUGUCGUGCUUUCUGUCAUGAGUCGUGUUUUUGUUUUCUGCGCGUGUGUAAAAAUGUUUAAUUUCCUUCAUUAGCAUUAGCAUUAGCGGUAGCGUUAGCGUUAGCAGGCUAACAGGAAACACUGUUUGAAUAUUCUCUAGCAAAGCAACACGAGCUGAUGUUUGUGUUUAUUCCGCUUCUUUUCAUGAAUAUUGUAGAUGAUUAUCGUCAGCUCCUCUCAGAUAAAGAACAGAGUUAAUGCCACACCGCGGAGUUUGUAGUUUGUAGAAAUGUGUUGUUUUUGUUGAGACAUUAGCUUGGGGAAGAUCUGUAACGCUGGCUAACUAGCACUGACUUCAGUCCCUGGAGCCCAGUAACACUUGUGUAAUAGUUUUAAAUGAUUUAUUAACAACAUGUCGAUAAACAUUAGUGUUAGAACAGGAAGUAAUAAUCCGGGUUUAACUUUAAAUUCAGCCUGUAGAAGUCCUGCAUGAAUAAAAUGCGUUGUUUUUGUUUGUUGAUCUUCAGAAUAGACUGUAAGAAUAUAGAUAUUUUUGCAAUGUUAUUGUUUACAAAGAAAGUAACUUAAACAUUAACAACAAUUUACUUAAUGAGGAUUUAUUUGUUUUCUUAUUUUACAAUAAUAUUGUUGUUGUUGUUGUUGUUCUGCUUGGUGGUGCUGAAACUGUUAGUGUUGCUUUACUGUAUUUUAUUUUAUUUUAUUUUAUUUAUAUAUCUGAGUGCUGAAUAUUGUCUGAUCUCCGACCCUGAUCCGAUCUCGACGUCUGUAGUCGUGUGCAAUACUAUAUCUGUGUUUAUCACUUCACACAUUCACCCCAUAAAAUAGAUCAACAGAUUGGAUCUGAAAGUACGUAAAUGAUCCGAUCCGAUCUCAGUAUUUUGAUAUGAAUUUGAUAUUGAUUAUGAGCAGUGAUUUAGGAGAACCUGUAUCUGACACACUCCAUAUUAAACACGUCCGAUAUUAAACAAUACACUUUUAUCAUCACUGUUUUUAAAACAGUCACAAAGUCUGAUUAGAAAACAGCUGAUUGGACGUUACAUUUUAACUAAUAACUGCUGCGUCUGUAGCGUCCUUUAUUCAUUUAAACUGCAGCUCAGUGAAGGGAUAAAUAUAAUAAUUAAUAAAUAAACAAACUGACUGACUGAUAGGAAAGAUGGGUGAAUAGGAAAGACAGACAGGUAGGAUGGAUGGACAGACAGGUAGAAUGGACAGACAGACAGGUGGAUAGGACGGAUAGGAUGAACAGACAGACAGGUAGAGUGGACAGACAGACAGGUGGGUAGAACAGAUAGGAUGAACAGACAGACAGGUAGUAUGGACAGACAGGUGGAUAGGACAGAUAGGAUGGACAGACAGACAGACAGGUAGAGUGGACAGACAGACAGGUGGGUAGAACAGAUAGGAUGAACAGACAGACAGGUGGAUAGGACAGAUAGGAUGGAUGGACAGACAGGUAGAAUGGACAGACAGACAGGUGGAUAGGACGGAUAGGAUGAACAGACAGACAGACAGGUAGAGUGGACAGACAGACAGGUGGGUAGAACAGAUAGGAUGAACAGACAGACAGGUGGGUAGGACAGAUAGGAUGGACAGACAGACAGGUAGUAUGGACAGACAGGUGGAUAGGACAGAUAGGAUGGACAGACAGACAGGUAGUAUAGACAGACAGGUGGAUAGGACGGAUAGGAUGAACAGACAGACAGGUAGAGUGGACAGACAGACAGGUGGGUAGAACAGAUAGGAUGAACAGACAGACAGGUGGAUAGGACAGAUAGGAUGGACAGACAGACAGGUAGUAUGGACAGACAGGUGGAUAGGACAGAUAGGAUGAACAGACAGACAGGUAGUAUGGACAGACAGGUGGAUAGGACAGAUAGGAUGAACAGACAGACAGGUAGUAUGGACAGACAGGUGGGUAGAACAGAUAGGAUGAACAGACAGACAGGUGGAUAGGACAGAUAGGAUGGAUGGACAGACAGGUAGAAUGGACAGACAGACAGGUGGAUAGGACGGAUAGGAUGAACAGACAGACAGACAGGUAGAGUGGACAGACAGACAGGUGGGUAGAACAGAUAGGAUGAACAGACAGACAGGUGGAUAGGACAGAUAGGAUGGACAGACAGACAGGUAGUAUGGACAGACAGGUGGAUAGGACAGAUAGGAUGGACAGACAGACAGGUAGUAUAGACAGACAGGUGGGUAGAACAGAUAGGAUGAACAGACAGACAGGUGGAUAGGACAGAUAGGAUGGAUGGACAGACAGACAGGUGGAUAGGACGGAUAGGAUGAACAGACAGACAGACAGGUAGAGUGGACAGACAGACAGGUGGGUAGAACAGAUAGGAUGAACAGACAGACAGGUGGAUAGGACAGAUAGGAUGGACAGACAGACAGGUAGUAUGGACAGACAGGUGGAUAGGACAGAUAGGAUGGACAGACAGACAGGUAGUAUAGACAGACAGGUGGAUAGGACGGAUAGGAUGAACAGACAGACAGGUAGAGUGGACAGACAGACAGGUGGGUAGAACAGAUAGGAUGAACAGACAGACAGGUGGAUAGGACAGAUAGGAUGGACAGACAGACAGGUAGUAUGGACAGACAGGUGGAUAGGACAGAUAGGAUGGACAGACAGGUAGAAUGGACCCUGUUACAGAGCAGCUUUACAGAAAUGUGGAGGUGGAUUCAGGUUCCUAGUGUGUAGCGCACUGUAUGACGCUGUAGUGUGCUGAAUGUGGUAGUGUAGUGUGUGAGUGAUGUGAGUGUCCCUGUGGUGUAGAUGAGUUGAUGUUGGAGAUGGAGAGAGCAGAGAGAAUAGAUAGAGGGAUGGAGAGAACAGACGGUGCGAGCAUGGAGCAGCAGCAGCAGGCGUGGGGGAAACUGGUACGAGUCGGACCGUCGACAGAAUCAGUGCUCACUCUGUUACUCGUUAAUAGAGAGUGUACAGUGGGCCGGAGGAAAGGUUGUGAUUUGUCGUUUCCUGCCAAUAAGCUGGUCUCAAGUGAUCACUGUAAACUCACACAGGAUCAGGAGUCCGGACAGGUGUGGCUCGAGGACACCAGCACUAAUGGGACGGUAAUAAACAUGUCCAAACUGUUGAAGAAACAGCGCCACUUACUGCAGAACGGUGACGUUAUCUACUUUGUGUACAGGAAGAGUGAACCAGAGCAGAACAUUGCGUACGUGUAUCACUCGAUCACUGCCACACACUCAGACUCUCAGGAUACUGAAGAGUUGUCGUGUCCGGAGCUGAUGGAGAGAAUCGACCCGGAUGUUGAUCCUGAUCCAGUGGAACCCGUCACUCUUCCAUUCGUACCUCAGGAGGUGAAGGUCCGACCCGGCUUCCAGGAGUCUCAGCCCUCUACUUCCUACAACAUCGCCAAGCCGACAACACACACUCACACACACACACUCGCUGGAACAGGUUUCAGUGAAGUGAGAUCCGCGCAGUCCUCAGUGAAGCGUACGGAUGGAGAGAGAGAGACAGACAAGUGUGCGCAACCAGACAGGAAGAGACAGAAAACAGAUGAUCCGUACAGGGGUUACGCUGUGGGUGAAUCCGGCGCUCCAGCAGCUCCUCCUAAAUCCGGGAAGGACGGAGGAGAAGGAUGCAAAACGGAUAAAAUGGAGGAAUCUCUCACCUGCAUCAUCUGUCAGGAUCUGCUGUACGACUGCGUCAGUCUGCAGCCCUGUAUGCACACGUUCUGUGCAGCGUGUUACUCGGGGUGGAUGGAGCGUUCCUCUCUCUGUCCCACCUGCCGCUGUCCCGUGGAGAGAAUCCGCAAAAACCACAUCCUCAACAACCUGGUGGAGGCGUACCUGCUCCAACACCCUGAGAAGUGUCGCAGUGAGGAGGACAUGCGCAGCAUGGACGCUCGUAAUAAGAUCACGCAAGACAUGCUGCAGCCCAAAGUGGAGCGAUAUUUCUCAGACGAAGAAGGAAGUUCUGAUUACCUGUUCGAGCUGUCUGAUAACGACAGCGACACGUCUGAUCUCAGUCAGCCGUACAUGAUGUGCAGGCAGUGUCCGGGAUAUAAGAAGGACUUUAGCCCCGCCCCCUGGAUCUGUGGCUCCGCCGGUGAGACGGGACCCACACCUGGAGACGGACCGUCCACGUCCUCAGAUACCUGCACAGAAACUCAGGAGUUCACCUGUCCCCCUCAUGGCAGUCACCUGAUCUGUACCUGCUGUUUACAGCCAAUGCCUGAUCGGAGGGCAGAGCAUGUUGGCACAAACCCUUCCCCCCAGCACUGUUUGGUGUGUCAGAGGCCGUUCUGUCACCUGUAUUGGGGCUGCCAGCGAAUCGGGUGUCAGGGUUGCUUGGCCCGGUUUAGUGAUCUGAAUCUGACUGAUAAAUGUCUGGACGGCGUCCUCAACAACAAUCACUACGAGUCUGAAAUCCUGCAGAAUUAUUUGAGCUCCAGAGGAAAGACGUGGAAGGAGAUGCUGCAGGAGACACUACAGAGCACACAGCAAGGCCUCUGCCACCUGUCUGAUUAUCGUAUCAAUGGAAACUCCUUCCUGUGUUACUGUUGUGGACUUCGCUUCUUUAAAGAACUCGCAUAUGUUUAUAGAGCUAACAUUCCUGCUGCUGAGCUACCAGCUGCAGUGACAGUGAGACCGGAUUGUUACUGGGGUCGUAACUGCAGAACACAAAUCAAAGCUCACCACGCCAUGAAAUUUAACCACAUAUGUGAGCAGACACGCUUUAAGAACUGAGGGCGUGUCCUGGACGAUGAUGUCACGGCUCUGGAUUUAACCUUUUCCUUUUUUCCCCAUAAUGAAUAAUCAUGGUGUUUUUACAAUAUGCAAAUUCAGUCGGUUUUGAGGCGAGUAGACCAGCAUCACUUUGUACUAGAUAUAGUUUACAUGAUAAUCUGCACUUUCUCAUUGUGUGUGUGAUCGGAUUUCAGGUUAAGAUCGGAUGAAACGAGCAGUCAGAACCGUACCGUGCUAUAUUAUUCUAACACUUAAUGAAACUUUGUGCCUAACGAGCAUGUGCUGAUUUAAUAUACAAUCCCUUCAGUAUCAGUUAUGGUGAUGAUGAUGAUCAUAUUAAUGAUCUCGUUUGCUUGUUUUCUCAUUUGAGAUUUGGUUUCACUAUACUGUUACUUCUCACGAUGAUGUUAUUGUGCGUUAAAUAUCACGCAUGGUGCGUCGUGAUCUUUAUUAACGGCUUCCCGUCUGAAUCUCGAGCUUCCACUGGAUUAUUAUUUUGCUGCCGCUCAGUAAUUCUGUGCACAUUUCUGUCCACAUGAUCACUUUAAUACUUGUUAGAUAAAUUUCUCUCUCACACACACACACACAGAAGAUUGCUGUCUGAUCUAUCCUAUGCACGAGAGAAGGCUAACACCGUCAGGUAUUUCUCACACACACACCGCUGCACAUUUUACUCCUCACCUCAAUCAGCUGCUGCUUUCACCUUUUCCUGCUCCGGAGAUGAAAACCGCUGCAGGUCGCCAUAUUUAAUCAUUAUUUCCCCUUUAAUUACGACCUGCACUUCAUUAAGGGCUAUUAGGAGUCAAUAAUUAACCCACAUCUGUUUUGGACAGCUGUGCGUUCAUUAAAAAGCCAUUCUAAUCAAGAUUUUUGUGAUGUACAGCGAUACGACAGCGGAGUCACUAACUCUCCUAAACGUGCACUAUUGUUAUGUUCAGAGUAUAACUGGAGUGUAAUUAUACGUGAUCAAUCAGCACAACAUAAAGUAACCACUAUAAAAAAUAAUAAUACUAAUAAUAACACUUAUUACAGGUUCUGUAUUCUAGAGAUUGGGACGAAGCCUUCAUUUCGAAUGGCAGAUCGUUUUCCACACCAUUGUACUCUACUUUCUAAUUCUUUUUGGAUUUUUUAUUAUUAUUAUUAUUAUUAUUAUUAUUAUUAUUAUUGUUGUUGUUGUUGUUGUUGUUGUUAGUAAAUACUUCAUAAUUUUGGAUGGCUGCAGGAACAGCUACGACUUACGGAAAUAAAUCUGCCGUGCGGGACAGUAAUAGUAUAAUAUGAUCUAGGAUAUGAUGUAGUUUAGUAAUAAUACAGUAUAAUGUAGUAUGAUGUAGGGGACUGCACGUGUUUUAGUAAUAAGGUGAGAUGAUUAUUAUUAUUAUUAUUAUUAUUAUUAUUAUUAUUAUUACACCAUACUGUAUUAUUACACUGCAUUCAUUCUGAUAUCACACAGUAUUGUACAGUACAUCAUGCGAUACUGUCCCACAAUAUAAUACUUUACUACGCCAGGUACUGUGUACAAUACUGUUACAAUCCCAAAACGUAAUACCCCACAAUCAUACAUCACUCCACACCACUACUACUGCACAAUACAAUCUGAUGACAUACUACAGUGUCACAUUAUACUCUGCUUCCUGAUCCUAUAACCUUACUGUGCUGUAAUAUAAUGUGAUGCCAUGCUUUAUACCGCACCGUUCCCUCACUGGUCAUCGCUGUUGUUACGGAAGCGACGCGUUCUGUGCACCACACCGUGAAUCCGUGAUUAAAGUUCGUACCUGCACAGGUAGGACAGAUUUAUUUUCUGUCUGCUGUCAUGCCUGUAGCCAUCGUCCUCCCAGUCUGUAGAGUUAAGCGUGCUUUAGGAGUGGUCAUUUUUAAUGAUACUGGUUUUGCUUCAUUAAAAAUGCGAUUUAAAAUAACACUUUCUGAUGACGAGUUGAGAAAGCCUGGCGUUAUCGGGAACACAGUCGUGACAAAACCGGUCCUUUGUAGAUACUGGACUGGUGCAGAUCGUUUUCUCAGCCUAUUUCUAUCCUUUUAUUUUUGCAGUAAUGUCGCACUGGUAAAGCCAGUAUCUCUGUCCGAUUAUUCAGUAUUAAACACUCUGAGGCCUUAUGCAUUCAAUCAUUAAAGAACUGAACAUGGAGUGUUAGUCUCUGUGUGUUUGUGUUGUGCUAGAGCCAGAAACGACGCUCUGAAGUCUGACCCUUCCUGUAGAUCAUGAGGCGUCCGUGAUCACUGGAGUAAACCUGAUGUUGACGACCCACUCGUUUUGUCGCACUGUUUAGUAAAUUAAAACAUCCUUAGCUAAUAGAUUAAAUUCGUCAUUGUUUUAGCCCUUUUGUAAUUGGUUAAGUGUGCAUGAUAAUUGGUUAAAGGCCACAGUUGGCAUCAAUUCGUGCCCAUUCAGGAAGUUUAAUAAUCUUCUGCAUGGGUAUUAGGGAAGUGUUGGAGCAUCCACGUGGGAUUUAACCUAGCGUCAGAAACGGCUUUGUAUUCUAUGAAGGAAAAUGUUACAUUAAAAUGGCAUUUUAUUUUUAUAAAUGAAUAAAUAAAGGUCUCGCUCUCGUUCUACCUCAUCCAAGCUGGAGCAUUGGGUUGAAAGAGAAUAAGUGUAAACUGCUUUGUGUGUUCAGUAAUGGUCUGACUCUGUAAACUCGGACGACGUGAGUUAAAGGCCUUUCGGGCGUAUAGUGCCUCUGUGUAUUAGCAGUUGCUAAAAGAUUAAUGUUCUGUAGAAAUCUAAAAAAUAAAUAAAUGUUUACUGCAGUGAUAAAAAUGCAUCAAUAAAAGUUAUAAAAUAA